GAUUAUAGAGUUUAUAUUGUGUUUUAGUUGGUUUUGUAUUGUGAAACUGAAAUAUAUAAAAUAUAUUUAAAGUAUAUUCAGUGCUCUAUUAAGAAUUCUAGUGUAUAUUUGUGUUUAUGUUGGUUUUUAUAUUGUGCAAGUGAAGUCAGUGGUUCUGAAUGUAAUUCUCUAUGUUGUUUGCCGUGGCAGUGGUGGUGAUGUGGUCGGUGGACUGCCUGCAGCUCGAUAGCAUGGCUUCGACCAGGAGGCCCAGGGUCACGAAGUACAGCAAAACCACGCUGGCGCCUGGUGGUUCCACAGAGCCAGCAACAGAGAGGAGCCUCAUGACAGCCACAUACCGACUCCAGGACCAAGGGGGGGACACGUGUAUCCUGCUCACUGUGGACGCACUGGUCGACAUAUCUUACAUGACAAAACUCAACGAACGCGCUGAUGCUAACACGUUCGUGCCUAACAACGCGAACGUGGCCGGCGCGUGCAAGGAGGCUGAUGCGGAGACCCUGGUGCUUUCCUUCAAGGAGUUCGCGCUGGAGUGGGCUUUCGCGAAGACACCAGGCGGCGAGCGCUGGUACGUGGAAAGCAUCAGGCUGACAUACAACUCCAGCGCCAGGAUCUUAGAGCACGCAGCGAAGCAGGGCAGGAAGGUGACCCUCAGCACCGAUGUGAGAUCCUUGCUGUUCCCCACUCCGGUCGGCAAGUCCUUCUACUGUCCUGAGGAGACGGUCAUAGACCUGAUGGAAGGAGAUGCAAGUGCAACCACAGCUCACCGGGCAAAGCUGUACCUCCGCCAGAUGAGACUCCAGGCAUUUAUGUACAAACACGACGGGGAGUUUGGCCCGCCCUGGCACUGUUCGGACUCUGCCCGGGCAAGGUCAGAAACCGCUCCAGUGGCAGUUGGAGCUGCUCUAGCGAUCGCAACUGCCGGCACCCUCGUUGGAUACGCGAUCUGGCGCUAUCUCAAGGUAAAGAAGGUUCAAUAUGAUACAAUGGAGUGAGCCGGUUAAUACGCGUUCUGAACUUUGCAUUUUUAUAUUUUGUUGUUUUUUUUAUUUAUCGUAAUCCUGUGUUACUUUUUGAAUAUUUUUUUAAGCUACAAGGUCAAGUUUAUUGUCGUAUUUUAUUGAAAUAAAAGUUAUUGUGGUUGUUUUAGUUUUUAUUUGAUGUUCAGAACGCAAUUAUUGUUAAAAAUCUAGUGAGAUCUCAAAAUAUCAAAGUUUAUUGCCAAUGUCGAUAGGAUCAUAGUGAGGUAGACCAACUUGUUGUUACAAACCAAUGCAUAAUUAAUACAAGUGAGAUUCGCGUUAAAAUAUUGGUUACAUAAAUGAUACAAUGUUAUAUUUAUUUUAUAACUAUGAGAAAAGAGUCAUUAUUACAAUGUUUAAACAAAAGAUAGGAGAAUUAUGAAAUGGAAUAGAAUACUGCAGUUAUUAUUUAUUUCGGGUAAAGUUAGUACGCUCUGCGCGCUUCGGUAGUCAAAGCUGACUUUAGAUUAACAUACCAGUUUUUCCUUUUAUAGGCGAAAGUAAAAAAAAUCCUGCGCAGAAUGAGAAAAGCGAGGAAAACAGACCUAUUAAUAUUUUAAAUGUUAAAACAGAAUCACAGGGCAAGCGGUAAGUCGACACUUUAAUAAACUAUGAAUAUUCUUACUGCACUUUUCCCAAAAUUCCUUACACAUUUUUAUUUGGAAUUAUAUCCUAACCUACUUUUUUUGAUUACAUUAAAAUAAGCGUACUUUACCCGGUAAAAGCCUUCAAUAAAUCUGAAAUAUAAGAAAGUUUAUCUAAUUAUUAUAAUGUAAGAGAAAAUGAAUAAGUACAUCACUGUUAGAAAGUGCUCUAAAAGAAAAAAUGUGCGGGCACGGGGAAACUAAUGUGUAAUUGUUUAAAAUAAUGUUGUUGACGUUUGAUUACUAUGUAAAAAAUGUAUUUAAUCCCAUAUAACCCCAAGUACCCCAUAGGUUAGAUAUUUUGUAUUUUCUCUUGGAAUUGUAUUAAGAAAAUUGGCUUACAGUUACUGAAAUAGAUGUCAUUGGGAUAGGUAAAGUUUGUGGUUAUGUUUCUAUGUAAGUGUAGGGUAUUAUUGUCGGGUUAUGUUGUGCUGAGGUCCCUUUAAUAAGUAGCAUAAUAAAUAAGUUUAUUAAACAACAAUAACACAAUAUGUUUUGAGUGAAAUUACGCAUUAUAGUCGUCCCCAUAGUUGGAUCGGUCGUUGAUUAUUAUAAAAUAGGUAGAGUUGCAAUACUUGUAAUGUGUGCAAUUUAUCAUUANGUUAAAGGUUAAGGAUUUGUAUAAAUAAAAAUUAUUCAAACAUUUUUUACAAACAGACAGAAGCAUUUUUACAUUCGAUUUUAAGCAAUAGUGAUAUUAAACUGGCCUCUUAAUUUUUAAUUACAGAAUAGGAAUUUUGACACGGAAUUAAUGUCUAACUCGUCACAGAGAAAAUCAUGUGGAGAUUCGUCACACUUCAUAUACAUCUUAAUCGUGACAAAAAUAUUAUGCGUAGGUAUUCACGGUUAUGACGAAUUUACUUUCAAUGUAUAAAAAUUAUAAUAAAGUGGGACUAAUCGACUUUGUGUCUAAUUCAAAUUGUUCUUAUGUUUCCAAAUCUACAGAUUUUUUAUUUAUAAAACUUAUUAAAGCGACCGAAGCAUUUCUAUAAUUAUACAUAUCAGAUGAUAAUAAAUAUAAUUUAUAGAUUAAUGAAUAUUAUAUUAUUUGAGAUCGUUUGCGGUGUAGCGGACAUUAUCGGAAUACGUGUAUAAGCAAUAAUACGUUCUAUCGAUGCAGUUGUAAGAGUUAUGCCAAUGUAGGUAUAUGAAAAGGACUCGGCGAACAAAGCAAGCAUUGACCAACAUACUUUUACAGUUUCCAUACGCACAUUUUCCCAAUAAGUUUUGAACACUAAUUACUUUUACAAAAGGUUUAAAAUCGAUUGCGGAAAUUCGACAUUUUGUGGUAGGUUGAUGUGCUGUUGACGUUUGCUUGCUUGUUAUCUCUGAUGCGACAUAGACUAUAGUUUUUGGAAACUUUCU